AUGGCUCAAGGAACAGCAUCAUCAUCGUCGUCAUCCAUGGACACUGAAUCUUCUGCUCCACAGUGCUCCAUCUGCUUAGAGGUUGUUGUUGAUAACCAUAGGAGGUCAACAGCAAGACUUCAAUGCGGUCAUGUUUUUCAUCUUGAUUGCAUUGGCUCUGAGUUCAACAUUAAAGGGGCAAUGCAGUGUCCAAACUGUCGGGUAACAGAACACGGCAAAUGGCUAUUUGCUGCGGGAGGUUUUGAUCAAAGCAUUGAUAAUGAAGAUGACGAUGAGCUUCAUCCACUUAACAUGGUUCGUGAAGGAAGCUUCGUUGGAGUAGACAUGGCUAGCGGAGGAGAACACCAUAUCCAUGUCUUGGAGCAGAGCUUGGAAGAGAAGCUUGCCACACACUUGGUUUACACGGAGACCAAGUUUAACAGGCUCGAGAGAAAGAUGGCGGAGCUUUACGAGUUGAUUGAUAGCAUCACUAACAAAGCACGAGAGAAGGAAAGGGAUUUGCAUGAUCGGGUAGACGACUUGCGCGUGGAGAUUGCCGAGUGCAAGAAGGAGUUCUCCCAGGCGCGUGAGGUCGUGGUGAAGCCAAGGAAGAAGGAGGCGUCAGAGCCCAAGGAAUAUGAUGGGGCAACGAAUGCUCGCCAAAUUGACAACUUCUUCUGGCACAUGCAGCGGUACUUCGAGUGUAUGGAGAUCGAGGAUGAUGAGAAGAAGAUGCAGACAUGCACUAUGUACCUCACGGAUACUGCCGCUCUAUGGUGA